GAGGCUCGGUCUUCCUCGUCGUUAGGCGCACGGCGCGGGAUGAAGCCUUGGGCAUCCGGUCUUGGGACAUUGACCCUGGCAUUUGCAGCCUUGAUGAGCAGCUCAAGGUUUUCGUGUCCCGGCACUCCGCCACCUUCUCCAGCAUUGUGAAAGGCCAGCGGAGCCUUCACCACCGCGGAGACACCCUGGAGACCCUGGUCCUCCUGAACCCAUCAGACAAGUCCCUAUGUGACGAGCUCCGGAAUCUUCUGCUUGACCCUGCCCCUCACAAGCUGCUGGUGCUGGCUGGGCCCUGCUUGGAAGAGACAGGGGAGCUGCUACUCCAGACAGGGGGCUUCUCGCUCCGCCACUUCCUCCAGGUCCUAGGGGACAGAGAGAUCCGGGAUCUCCUGGCAUCCACACCCCCACCUGCAGACCUGCCCAAGCUCACCAUCACCUGCCCGACCUUCGGCGACUGGGCCCAGCUGGCGCCUGAAGUGCUCGGCCUCCACAGCGCGCUCCGGCUGCAGUGGAACCCGCCCGUGCAGCUGCCGGCGUCCGAGGGCCUGCGCGAGUUCCUGGAGUAUGUGGCCGAGUCGCUGGAGCCGCCGUCUCCCUUUGAGCUGCUCGAGCCGCCGGCGUCCGUGGGCUUCCUCAGGCUCGCCCGGCCCUGCUGCUACAUCUUCCCCGGCGGCCUCGGCGACGCCGCCUUCUUCGCCGUCAAUGGUUUCACCGUGCUGGUCAAUGGUGGUUCCAACCCCAAGUCGAGCUUUUGGAAGCUGGUGCGGCACCUGGACCGGGUGGACGCCGUGCUGGUGACCCACGCGGGCGCCGACAGCCUCCCGGGCCUCAACAGUCUACUGCGGCGCAAGCUGGCAGAGCGCGAGGAGGCGGCGGCCGGCGGAGGGUCUGGGGACGACCGGCUUCGCAGGCUCAUCUCCCCCAACCUGGGGGUCGUGUUCCUCAAUGCCCGUGUUGCCGCCUCGCGUCUGGUGAGCGGCGAGGACGAGGCGGAGCUGGCCCUGAGCCUUCUGGCCCGGCUGGGCAUCACACCGCUGACUCUGAACCGCGGGCCACUCCCGGCCGAGCCCACCGUGCUCUUCCAGAAGAUGGGCGUGGGCCGGCUGGACAUGUACGUGCUGCACCCGCCCACGGCCGGGGCCGACCGCCCGCUGGCCUCCGUGUGCGCUCUGCUGGUGUGGCACCCCGCGGGCCCCACGGAGAAGGUGGUGCGCGUGCUGUUCCCUGGCUGCACCCCGCCCGCCCGCCUCCUGGACGGCCUGGUCCGCCUGCAGCACUUGGGCUUCUUGCGGGAGCCCGUGGUGACCCCCCAGGACUUGGUGGGGCCUCGACGAGCCGAGAGCAAGGAAAGCGUGGGCUCCCGGGACAGCUUGAGAAGAGAAGGCCGGACGACAGCACCCAGCAGGCCGGCCCAGGAGCGCCCCGGGGUGGCCCGGAAGGACCCGCCUCGGGUUGAGGCCCCCCGCAGGGCUGAGAAAGAAGCCAGGGUCCCCCGGGAGGUGAAGAAGGACCCCAAGCCCAGCAUCCCCCGGACCCAGCCCCGGGAGGUACGCCGGGCGGCGUCUGCUUCAGUGAGUGUGAAGAAAGCGGGUGCCCCGGCCGCCCCCAGACCCCGCAGAGCACCCAAUAUCCCCCAGCCAGGGGUCCCGCCGGCAGAGAAUGGGCCCCGCAGCCCCCCUACCUUCCGGUGUGGAGAGGCCAGCCCCCCAGCAGAGACCUGUAGUUCCCCAGCCCCCCAGCUGGUGGCCACACCCAGCCAGGAGAGCAGCCUGGAGCUGGGGCUGAGCCCGGCCGGGGAGGACAGCAGCGCCUUGGAGGAGAAGGCGCUGGAACUGCUUUUGGAUGCCAGCACCCCCCGGCCACGCACACCCUCGCCUCCCGGAGCCCAGCAGGGCCCGGCUGAGGGCAGCGGGCGGCUGUCGCUGAGCCCGCUGCGCGGCGGGGAGGCUGGGCCAGAUGCCUCCCCCACAGUGACCACGCCCUCGCUGCCCGCUGAGGUGGGCUCCCCGCACUCCACGGAGGUAGACGAGUCCCUGUCCGUGUCCUUCGAGCAGGUGCUGCCGCCGCCUCCGGCCACCACGGGCGAGGCGGGGCUGAGCCUCCCACUUCGUGGCCCCCGGGUCCGGCGCUCGGCCUCCCCGCACGACGUGGACCUCUGCCUGGUGUCGCCCUGCGAGUUCGAGCACCGAAAGGCUGUGCCCGUGGCGCUGGCGCCUGCAUCCCCCGGCAGCUCCGAUAGCAGUGCUCGGUCCCAGGAGCGGGCCGGCGCUCCACGGGCUGAGGAGACGCCACCCACGUCCGUCAGCGAGUCCCUGCCCACCCUGUCUGACUCAGACCCCCUGCCUGCCGCCCCCGGCCCUGCGGACUCAGACGAGGACACGGAGGGCUUUGGGGUCCCUCGCCGCGACCCCCUGCCCGAGGCCCUCAAGUUCCCCCCGCCGCUGCCCACCCCACCCAGCAUCUGCAUGGUGGACCCCGAGAUGCUGCCCCCUGAGCAGGCCCGGCUGACAGAGGGCCUCAGCCGUACCCGGAAGUCCCUGGCUCGCCCUAACGCCAGCACAGCCGCCUCCAAAGCCACUCCAGCGACCACUGCCAAAACCAGGGGACUGGCUGGAGGAGACCGGGCCAGUCGGCCGCUCAGCACCCGGAGUGAGCCCGGUGACAAGGGAGGUCGGGUGCCCCUGUCCAGAAAGUCCUCAGUCCCCAAGACGACCGCUCGGGGCCCCUCUGGUAAGUACCCAGGAGCUGGAGUCCUAUGGUGGGUUACUGGCCCAAGUCUUUGUUCCCUACUUGCUGUGUGGCCUCAGCCACACCUGCCACCCUCUCUGGGCCUCAGUUUCUCAUAUAAAACGGAAGUUCUGGUUCACCAUUCAGGCACUUGUAAGUCUGAGGCAUUCAAGCAGUGCCGUCGGGGGAAACAUAAAGUGAGCAUAUCUGUCCUCCUGAACUUGCUGUGGUGACAGUACAUAACAAGAAACAGGUGAAAUUAAUUUUAUUUUAUCUAUUUAUUUAUUUGAU